CUUCAAUUUUCGUUUCAGACUUUCAGUUCUGUUUUCUUCAAGUUUUCUUCGCUACUCUUUUUUCCCUCUAUUUUCUUCACUCUCUGUUUUGUCCCAGAUUACUGUAAAAUGUCUUAUGUUUUCACUGUGCUGUGAGUCUGUGACUGCUGUCCAUUAUUUUUUUGAAAAAAAUAAUAAUUCUUUCUAUAGUAAUUAUUAUAGUAUUUGUAAGAUAUGUAAUUGCUAUUGAAAUUUUGAAUAUUAUAUGUGCAAUUAAAUAUGUUUAAUUUUUGGUGUUAAUUGGCGCCUCGAUUCAAAAAGGCGAGCGCCUCGCCGCGUGGCGAGGCAGACCCUUGUCGCCUUUUGUCGCCUCUCGCCGUCCAAAACACUGAGUAGGAGUUAGCAACGAGUCAUGCUAGUGGCAGUCCAGAGGAUUUUUUUUUGAAUUCACUACUACUAACUAGUUGAUCCUUGGAUUCUUUGUACUGGCAAAUUUAAUUCUCAAGUUUGCUGCAUACAUUAAAGUUGAGCAGAAAUGGUUGAGUUAAAAGCUUGCAUCUAUCAACCUUUUUAAUAAGGUAAAUACUUUUACUAAUAAUGGGAAAAGGCUGCAUCUAUCAACUUUUAUGCUUUGUAUAAAACUAUUGUAGGGUGACAGAUUAACUUUUAAAAUUUAAAUUGAAGCAUUCUUUGUGGAGAUAAAAAGCACUCAAGAUUAAAAGUAUGUGCUAUUUGAGAGACAUUUUUUACUUGUAGUGUCUUUUAUCAUUUGCAUGAGCAUCAAUUAACUGGAAUGGAUUUUUUACUAGUUGAAAGUAUAGAGAACAUUUAAUACUCUUUAUUUUAUAGUUUAUUCUGCUAAGGCUGACCUGAUAUGAAUUUAAAUGGAGAAUCAUAGUUAGAGGAUUUAUUUAGCUGACCCCAACUUGUUUGGGGCUGAGUUAUAGUUAUUUUAUUACUUUUCUCAUUUGCAGUAUCCUAUAGCUAAUGACAGUCGGUCUCUUACUUUUCCCCUUAAUUUGAUUAAGUUGGGUCUCUUUUAGUCUCCAUAAUGCUAGCUUUGUAAAGUUGCCAAAUUUUCAUGAAUGACGAACAUUUUAUCUGAAUCAGCAUAGGCUGAGGUUAGGUCUUGACAACGACAUUUGGUGGGAUAUCAUAAUGAUGUUUCCCCUCCUUUCAUCUUUGUUCUUAUCAAAACAGGAUGAAAUUUGGAAGGGAGGGAGUUGGACUUCAAUUGUUACUCUUAUCUGUUUCAUGCCUUGGGUGGAAAAUUGGUAUCUAUCUUAGUCUUGUAUUAGGAUUGUUUUGUGGUGAAAUGAACUAUGCCAUGUGUUAUUUAGAAGUUCAUUCUCUUUUGGAUUUGUUGUUGUUUUGCUGUGGAGGAUGACAUUUGCUUGUGGUGUCAACUUGAAAAGCAAGUGCGCUGGUAGAUGGAAUAAGGGAAAAUAUUUUGGUUUGAAUUAUCAAGGGAACUUCUUCCAUUUGGAUUUGGAUUUGGAUUGAUCUCUCUGAUGGAGUUCCAGAGGGGGACAGAAAAUAGGAUUUCUUUAGUUCUCUCUUUUUCGUUGUCUUGGAGAUGUAGAAUAGGGAAGGAUGGGUUCAAUAGAAUAUGCCCCAGAGAAUUAAAGGAACGAAUUGAAAGAGUGAAAGAGAAGAGUGGCAAAGGUGGAGCUCUCACAAAAGACAGUGAAUUUAGUGAUGACGUGAUGGGUAUACGUAAAGACUUUGUUGCCAUACACGGGGAGAUGGUUCUUCUUAAAAAUUACAGCUCUCUAAAUUUUGCAGGUCUUGUUAAGAUUUUGAAGAAGUUCGAUAAACGAACUGGGAGAUUGUUGCGUCUCCCUUUCACACAACUUGCUCUUGAUCAGCCCUUCUUUACAACUGAGCCUCUGAACAGAUUAGUUCGUGAGUGUGAGGAAAAUCUCGAGCUCCUAUUUCCUUUGGAAGCAGAAGUUGUAGAAUCAGAUGCUACUGCAGAAGAGCCGACGGGAGCAACUACUUCUUAUGCUUCAAAUGUUUCUCCGGCAUUGCCACUUGGGGAAGAAAAUGUGGAUAUAUAUAGAAGUACACUUGCGGCAAUCAAAGCUAUUCAGGGACUGAAGAAGGCAAGCUCCACAUAUAAUCCACUAUCAUUUUCUUAUAUCUUUGGUAACCAAGAUAAUGAUAGCACAGGCGCUAUAACUGCAGAAAACUCUGAUUCAGACCAGUCAGUUGCCUCUCAGAGUGAUAAAGAGACAGAUCAAGAGGAUUUCCAUCCACCGGAAUAGAGUUCACCUUUCUAGUUUGCUUCGUUGGUCUUUGCUCAGUGCUUCGUUGUUGACAUAAAAUGGUUAGCUUCUUCAUUGUAUACUACUGUUCUGGAAUAAAUUGCUCUCUGUCGACAACUUUGAGCACCAACUGGACUUUAGUAAUUCUUGGAUUACUUCUCAUUUUGUUUGAUACUUUAGAGGGCAAAAACGUUUAAGAUGUACAUUCUGCGGAAGAUGAAUAACAUUUAAGUUAGUCUUUUCAAGACUUGAACACUCUGCUUAUAGAUGCUACCAUUUCUAUUAAUGGUGUGUUUAU